GUCAUCCAGGAAUGGGCCCCAUGCCAAGAAUGAAUCACCCUGGAGGGAGGAUGCCAGGACCAAUGAACCCUAUGUAUGAUUCCCUACAGAACUACGGCGUGAGAGGACCGCCCCCAAACACAAGUAUGGGACCGGGUCCUGGGCCGGGAGGCAUGCCUCCAUUAUCAAUGCCUGGUGGGCCAGGACCACAAAACAGAUGGCCUCCGACCUCAUCAGCUAUGAAUUCAGCAUCCCCAGCUAGUUAUAAUGAAUUUGUGCCUCAGGGCCCCCCUCCCACCGGCGGGCCCCCUGGCACCCCAAUCAUGCCUAGUCCUCAAGGUGAGAUGCGCCGAACUCCAACCACCUACAGCCCUGUUAUCCACGAUUCUGCCGGGUCAGGAGACCCCAUGUACAUGAUGAAACAAGGCCCUCCAGGCAUGGGUGGGAUGCCAGGGUUCCCUAUGGGUGGUCCAGAUGGUCCGAUGGGCCCCAUGGGUCCGGGAGACAUGCCGCCUGUCAUGAACGGUGACAUGGACGGCAUGAAGAACUCGCCAGCCAAUGGGAGGGGGACACCGCGGGAAGACAUGCCCCCCGUAAGCAGUGUGAGUGGGGCCGCAGACAUGGGCCCCUAUGGCCUCGGGGGAUAUCAGGACAGUGACCAUAACGAAUCCGCGGCUAUCCUAAAGAUUAAGGAAUCCAUGCAGGAGGAGGCUAAGCAGUUUGAAAAAGAGGAGCCCAGUGAAUUCUUCAUGCAAUCCUAGUGAUCCAUAACAACUCGACGUAUUUAUUUUAUCAGUUCUCAUUAUGAAAGGACUAUAUUUACCAUCUGUGCAGAAAAAUCAAAUUAUAUUAAGCCAUGGUUUACCUUGUAUAGUUGUCGAAUCUGUUGUUUAUGAAAAGCAGAUUUUUACCAUGUAAAGUGCAGAUGGUUCUUUUCUGAAAUUCGUGUUGGGUUUUUACCGAAGGUUAUGAUGUUCUUGUUAAGCACAUCAAGACCGAGCAAAGAUGGGUUAUGUGGUGGGGAAGAAGCAUAAGUUUGUACAGCACAGCUGUCUGCAAAAAGCUGUUCCAUUUUUUAUUAUAGAUUUUUUUUUUCCAGAAGAAUGAAUCUAGGUGCACGAAAUGAAAGGGACACCAGUAAAUCUGACCUCAUCCCAGUCUUUCUGUUAUCAUUAUUUUGUUGCUAUGUCAGUAGUCUUUGCUUCACUUGCCUCAGUUUUGCCUCGUAGUUAAAAGCAUGGAAUGUUUUUUUUUUUUACAUUUUGUUUUAGAUUUGCGGGCCAAGUGACAUUUUCUGCUCGUUAAUGUACUCCAUUCCCGUUACAUGCUCUGUGUGGAGAUGGUAGACAUGCAAAGUAAAUUCUUUCCCAAAUUUGGCGUGGAAACUAAUUGAAAAAUGGACCAAAAUGGAGCAGUUACCAAAGGUAAUUUGUUGUCGCCUCCUUGUGGUAAAGCAUUUCUCACAGCAAGCAAGUUUCUCUCUGCCCCAAUGAUCUCAGACGUAUGGCCAAAAAAAAAAAGGAAAA